UGAAUCAAGUAUUUUUUUUUUAAAUUCCAAAUUCAUUUUCUAAAUAGUUAAAUGAAUAUACAUAUUUAUAGACUGGAUCGAUCGUAAAAAUUUGCAUAUUAAUUAGUUAAUUGCAGCUGAAAUGUAGUUGAACUUGUGUAGGUGAGUGUAUUCAUCUCAAAUAGGAAGGAAAAUUGUACAGAAAUUUUAUGAACUCAUCAGAUUUUUACCUGAAUGAAUUUCAAUAUUUGUAGUUAUUAGCAUUUUAAUUUGUUUAAGAAAAACUUAGACAACAGCUGACGAUACAAUCUUAGAUUCAACAUUGCAACAAUGUAAAGUUCAAAGUAUUCCCAAAAAAAAAAAACCCAAGCAUCUUGUUUUUGAAUCUAUGUAUAGGAGGGCCAUGUACAGGUUCAGCUUUUUAUGCUAUUCGAUUGUUGCAAUGUUUUUUUUCAAUUGGUUUGUUGUUGUUGUUGCUUAUGCACAUUGAUUGAUCAUAAUUCACUUGCCUUGUGGAUGGGCUUGUGGUUCUCCUCAAUGCAGGAAGAAAACAAAUGAACAAAAAUAAUCGUUGGUAGUGUAUUUUGCAUGGUCUGGUCAAUCAACUAUAUAUAAUACGAACCGACUAUGAGCUGUGUGUGAGCUGUAGGUUAAUGUUGAUGUUGAAUUUUAAAUUUUCACGAGUAGAUGUACAUAAUUUGGUUGUUUAUGCUUGGGAGCCCAGCUUAUAAAUAAACGCACUUACUUAGGCAUGUCUCAGUUAGUUUUUGGCAGUCGAAGGAAACGUGUCUGAAUGUGAAACGAAUUGAUAUAUACAUACAUACAUAUAUAUUGAACAUGACGUCUGAAGUUCAAGAAUUUUACAAAGAAAAGAACAUUCUUAUAACGGGUGGCACGGGAUUUGUAGGCAAAGUAUCCAUUGAGAAAUUAUUACGCACAACGGAGGUGAAACACAUAUAUACCCUAAUCAGAUCGAAAAAAGGACAAAAUGUAACUGAACGACUCAGCUUAUGGAAAAAGGAUACGGUAUUCAAACAACUACUAGAGGAGAAACCCAAUGCCUUGGAGCGUGUUAUAGCCAUAUCUGGGGAUUGCCAAUUGCCGGACUUGGGCCUGAGUGAGACAGAUCGUAAAUUGUUGGUAGAUAAAGUGAAUAUAGUCAUUCAUGGAGCUGCCACUGUUCGCUUUAAUGAACCACUUCAUGUGGCUCUAGCCAUCAACACUCGAGCAACUCGUGUCGUAGUUCAGUUGGCAAAACAAAUGUCUAGGCUAGAGGCAUUUGUCUAUGUUUCCACUGCCUACUCGAAUUGUGUAUCAUCAAACAUCGAGGAGAGAUUCUAUCCAGAGCACUUGACAUCAUCCGUCGAUGAAGUUUUAAAACUCAGCGAGCAGUUGAGUGAUGAAUUUUUGGAUAAUUUGGCACCAACGUUGUUGGGGAAAUACCCAAAUACAUAUACUUAUACCAAGGCUCUAGCUGAGCAAGUGGUGCUUCGAGAGGCUUCUGAUCUACCAGUGUGCAUUGUUCGUCCUGGCAUGAUCAUUGCGGCGAAUAAGGAGCCAGCAUCGGGUUGGAUAGACAAUCUGUAUGGCCCCAUUUCCCUAAUCUAUGGCAUUUCUUAUGGAGUUGUACGUUGCACAGUGCUCAAUCUGAAAGCUCAGGCAGCCGUAGUCCCUGUAGAUCACACGGUCAAUGCGAUUCUGGCCAGUGCCUGGCAAACAGCGAUCACUCAUCCCAACAACUCGGCACCGACAGUCUAUAACUUUACGCCUAGUGAUAAUAAUUUGUUACUGUUCAAAGACUUUGUCAAUAUGGCAUUUUCGCAUGGCUUCAACUAUCCACUGACUAAGAUGAUUUGGUAUCCAAUGUUGCAAACCACAACAUUUCCGUGGCUCUUCAAUUUAAUGGCCUUCUUCUAUCACACACUACCCGGCUAUAUAAUGGAUGUGGGUCUUCGUCUGCAGAAUCGAAAACCGCGUCUAAUGAAAAUCUAUCGAAAGCUACACGAAAAUAUGACUCUAUUCGAAUACUUUGCCACCAAAGCCUGGACCUUUGAAACGGACAAUACGAAACGACUGUGGAAAUGUAUGACGGCAAAGGAUCAGCAAUUAUUCAACUUUGAUAUGGAACAUCUCGAUUGGAAUGAUUAUUUUCAUCGUGCUCUUCUUGGCAUGAGGCAAUAUCUGUGUAAUGAGCCGCCAACUGCAAAGUCAAUAGCAUUGGGUCUAAAGGCACUUAAACGAUUUCACUUGUUACAUCGACUUGUUCAGUUUGCAAUUUGUUGUCUUACAAUAAAUAUUCUCUGGCUGUUUGCACACCAUAUAAUUGAAGUCAUUUAAAAACAAAUUUGAAUAUUAAUUAUAUCUAAAAUUUAUUACAAAAUUUAUAUAUAACUGGAAAGAAAUGAUUUCAUUGGUCAACCUUAUUUGAAUUGACAUUUAUUUCAGUUUGUGCAGA